AUGGGUAACCCCAGCGAUGAUAGCAAAAAGGGGGCAACACACGCUACCGUUCCAAAUGAGAAGAAUCAUCACAUUCUCAUCGGGAUGCGUGAUGGAGUCAGCGGCGACUUUAAAUUAGUGCCGCGAAAGGAUGCAGCCAUCUCUGUGUUUGAUUCGAACUUCUUAGUGGGCGAUGGAAUCUGGGAAGGAGUCCGCGCCAGAAAUGGUCGAAUUCAAUUCGCCAAAGAUCAUAUCAAUCGGCUUUUCCAAUCUGCAAAGGCAAUGUUCAUGGAUCUGGGGCUAUCCAAACUACAGCUCUUAGACCUUCUACACAAAACUCUUGACGCAAACAAGAUGUCAAACGAGCCGCACGUUCACAUUCGACUAGUUGUGAGCCGAGGCUUGAAGUCGACACCCUAUCAAAACCCGUCGGUGAACAUCGGUCUCCCACUGAUCGUGAUCAUCCCUGAGAUCAAAGCUACAGACCCUGGUGUCAAGAUGCAGGGACUAAAACUGAUUACAUCGCAUAUCCGGCGAGGACCACCUGAUGUCAAAGACGAGAUGUGGAAUCACAUUUCCAAAGCAACAGAUAUACAAGCGUGCAUCGGAGCCAAUGUCACCGGUGCCGAUGAAUCACUGAUGCUUGAUUUAAACGGAUUCGUCAAGACGUGCAACUCAACCAAUUUCUUUAUUGUUCGUGAUGGCGAGGUUUGGGCUCCGACGAAGAAUAAUCAGAUGCAGGGUAUCACCCGUCAGAAAUCGAUUGAUGCUUGUCGUGCGAAUGGAAUUCCUGUUCGAGAGCUCGAUUUCACUCUCACGGAGGCGUAUGGCGCUGACGAAGCAUUCUGUACUGGGACUUUUCCCUCGCAGAUCCAUGUGCGAGAGAUUGAUGGUCGGCAGAUUGGUAACGGGAAGCGCGGGACAAUUACUGAGCGCAUUCAGCAGUUGUAUAUGGAGAUGGUGGUCAAGGAUGCGGAGCGAUCUCGGGAGGAGAUUCGGCGCGACCUAGAAGUAAAACCCUUAUCUAAACUCUAG